AUGAAGAUACUAAGUUUUGUCUUAUGAUAUAAAUUAAAUCAAAUAAUUAAUCUUUUAAGAUGUGAAAAUCAUAUUUUAUUUUCGAUUGUUUUAUAAUUAGUUGUUAAUAAUUUCAAUACAUAAUACAUAAAACAAGAUGGAAUGUCUAAAACUUUUGGAAAGUUUAGAUAUUUUUGGUUAUGCUGGUAUUUGUGUGGGGACAGAAAAUUCACAAUUAUUACAAAAUUCUCUGAUAAUAUUACAACAAGAAAAUCAUUUUCAAAAGUGUUAUUAUUGGGGUAAAAUCUACGGAGUUCGAAAUGAUUAUCAUAUCGCAUUUGGUUUUGAAACAGAUUGUUUGAACAAUCAGGUGUAUUAUUACAGCAUGGAUGCAUUUAAUUGGCUAUUAUUACCAAAAGCAAAUAAGUGCGCACGAUUCUUAACACCUCUUACAAUUAAUAAAUUCGAGGGUGAUCCUUCUAUAGUCACUAACGUUUAUAAUAUUAAUCCUCCGUUCCCGCCAAAUGAAGACCCUAGAAAGUAUUACGAUGGUCCAAUACCAAGAGAAUUGAAAGAAGAAGAUAGAUUGGCAGCUACAGUAGAGAUAAUUAACGAAGACAGUAUGAUAAUUCCUCGUGGUGCAUGGUUUAAACGUCCCAAUGGAGACAUAAUUGAAAAUUUAAGUUUCGAAGGACUCGACAGUACAGAUGCAUUAUAUUUAAAAUCUUAUUUGCAUGCACGUUUACCGCAACAAAAAUGGAAUACUAAUUUACUUACGAGACCUGAUUACAAUUAUGCGAUAGAUUUUUUAGAUGCAAUUGAUGUAGAUGUACCACAAGGAUGUUGGAAUCUACAGCUUAUAAAUGAAAAAUUAAUAAUUUUACAUAAUCUUUUUUGGCCUGGUAUGAUGUUUUAUCAUAAAUUGAAUAGUCCACAUUACGGAUUUCUUUAUUUUGGACAUGGAAAAAAAAAUAUGGAUAUAGUUUUCAUGGUGUAAUUUUAU